AGAUGGGGCACCGCAGGGAUCUCUUUUCUACAGCCACAUCAAGGCAGCAGAAGAGGCAUGAGUAGUACCGCGGAGCAGAGGAAAAGAGGCUCACCUGCUUCACCUCCUGCCCCAUCCACAGCAGGGCUGGGAUGGCCCUUGGGGCUCCCAGAUCACUCCCUAUGCUGUCAUCGUCAGUGGCUCCUCUCUCAAGCUCCAGCUCCCAGAGUCAGGCUGCCAAACCAUACUGUACUUUAACAAACCUCCACAGCCCUGCUUUGGCAGACCCCUUGGAAACGUGACUUGUAGCAGCUGGUGGGGCAGAUGAGGAAAGCAAAAGCUCUUGUUAUUGAAUCCCUCAGUGCGAUGGGAGAGGCUUUGCAGGAGCGCAGAGGAGCCUCCCUGCUGCCCAAGAGCUGCUGCAGCCACCAGGGAAUCCCCAGCAGCCUUGCUGAGUGCAAGAAGACCCUCACCACCACCACGCCGGCAGCCAGCAUUGCCCAGGCUUUCUUUUGCCUCCUGCUGUGUGUCCCCUGGGGCAGCUCCUGCCCCCCCAGCUGCCAGUGCACGGAGCGGGCAGGGGCCAAGGCUGUCCUCUGCAGCUCCCGGCACUUGGAGGAGAUUCCCAAGGACAUCCCCAGAGAUGCGGUGUUCCUCAAGCUGGAUGCUAACAGCAUCACCAGGAUCCCCAGCAACGCCUUCAGGCACCUCUCGCACCUGGAAGAGCUCGACCUCUCCAGGAACGCCAUUGAGAAGAUCGACCAGGCGGCGUUCAGAGGGGUAGCAGCUGGGCUGCGCACCCUCGACCUCUCCAGCAACCGCAUCCGCAGCAUUCCCAAGGAGGCCUUGCUGGCACUCAACGCCAAGCUCCGGCUGGCCAACAACCCCUGGCACUGCGAGUGCGCCUUGCAGGAGGUGUUGUGGGAGGCACGGCUGGACCCCGACUCUGUCCAGGACAUCACCUGCCACACAGCUCCGCGGGAGGAGUACGUGGGCAAGUCGCUGCUCCAGGUGCUGGACGCCGGUGUUAACUUCUGCAGCGUGCACCAGAGGACCACGGACGUGGCCAUGUUCAUCACCAUGUUUGGCUGGUUCGCCAUGGUCAUCGUCUACAUCAUCUGCUACGUCCGGCACAACCGGGAGGACACCUGCAAGCACGUGGAUUACCUGAGGCCACUGCCAAGCACCCAGCUCCAUGCAGAGACCACCAGCACUGCUCUCUAGUGCAGGACUAGGAUGCUCUCGUCCCAGCUUCUUUGCAGGGAGCCAGUGGCAAGCUGGUGGGUCUCAAAGCGUCUGUCUGGGACAUCCCAGUGCUUGUUCCAGUUCUGCAAAUGAGUGCCACCGACUUUGCUCCUCCCCACUGACUUUGCUGGACUGAGUGGGAGCAAACACCAUGGAGAGGGAUGCUGGGGACACCCCACAUCGACUUCUUUGUAGAGCCCAGGUUCCCAGAAAGAAAUGUCCCCAUGCAGAUCCCUUCUCCCCUGCCAGAGCUGGCUCACAGUGACAGCAGCCCCAGCCACCUGCAUGCGGUCCACAUGGUUGGAGACAAGACUUUGGGGGAACACAGGUGAGGGUGAAGGCUUCUGUGGGGCCAGGGAGGUUCCUGGAGCCUGGAGUGCAGAGGUACAGGUGGCUCUGUGCAGUGGGGUCACCACGGCCUGGCUCAGUGAAGGACCAGCUUUGCAGACAGCAGGACAUGUGCCCCAGUCCCACUGUGGAGCAACCUCUGCCUGCCACCAGCAACCCUACUCAUCUCCCAAAUCUUUGAUGUCUCAAUAAAGCCCUGCAUGCAGGAAAAGC